AUGUGUGAAAAAAAGCUCAGGGAAGAGAAGGACGCCAUACCUAAGGAGCGUACUAGCCGCUACCCUCUCAUCUCAGGGCUUCUUAAGGUGAAUGUGAUUGUGAAUGUUGUUAUCAAUAUUGAAGAAGGACUAAUUGGCGCAAGUUUUAUUGUUCGUGCUACUGAUGAUUUUCUACUUGGAAGCAAAAGCUUUGACUCUUUCUUUUGGUUUACAUUAGGCGUUGGGACUUGGUUUCCUAUUGCUAUUGUUGACAGUAAUGAUGAGAUUAUAUUUAAGUUUUGGCUCUCUAUUUUAGUUUCCAAUGAGAUUUUUGAUUUGGCAUUGUUUUGGGUUUUCUUAUUCUGGUUUUCCCAAUUUCAGGUUGCUGCAAAGAAGAGAUUGGAAGUUGAUGUAAAAAUAUUCAUAAAAGAGGAUUUAAAGAGGAUUGCUGAUCAUUUUGAAGAAGGUGAAAUGGAUAACAUUGCAGUUUUACUCCAACACAAUGGGCAAUGGGAUCAAAACAAAAACUAUAUCAACUUUGAUGUUUGUGGAAUAGUAAUUAGAAAUGAUUGCAACUACAACAACUUGAUUGGUAUGAUUUGCAAUGAAUUGAAGCUGCAACUUGAUUCUACACUUUUGACAGUACAGUAUCAAGUUAAAGAUGGAUACCCUCCUUUAAAAAUAGUUGAUGAAUCACAAUUGAAGAGUACAACAACACAUAAUCAACCAUGCAAUGAAGUUGCACAAACAGAAGAAGCAGCAUCAAAUUCAGAUGAUGAACCAGUUGAUUAUUUGGGUGCUAAAGAGGUUGCAGACUUUAUUGAUUAUGCAGAGCUGGUGUCCAAUCAGAUUAUAGAAAUGAUAGAUGAAAGAAACAUAAAUAAUGAAGAAGAAGUGAUUGACAUCAACGAUGAUUUAGUCAUCACCAACAACCGUCACCAAGAGAUUGUUUUGUCUCAAAUAUAUAAGGACAAAGAAACAUUGAAGACUGUUUUGAGCCAUUAUGCAAUAAAUAAUCAUUUCCAGUAUUGUGUACAAAAGUCAUGCAAAAAGGAAUAUCUAGUUGCUUGCCUUGAUAAAAAUUGCAAGUGGAUGUUACGAGCAUCAAGGAAUGGAAACACAAAUCAGUUCAUAAUUAGAAAGUUUAGCCACAUUCACACUUGUGCUUUGGAGAUAAGAUUAAAAGACCAACGUCAAGCAACCUCAACAAUCAUUGCAGAUAUGAUCAAACACAAGUUCACAAACAUCAAAACAAAGUACACAACUGCUGAUAUAGUGAGGGACUUGAAACAUGAUCAUGAAGUGCAAGUCAAAUACAGCAAAGCUUGGAGAUCUAGAGAAAAAGCUAUUGAAAAAGUUAGAGGAAAAGCAGCUGAAUCUUAUGCCGAAUUGCCUAGUUAUCUGUAUAUGUUGCAUCACACAAAUCCAGGAUCCUGUAUUGAACUAAAAUCAGAUGAAGAUGGGAUGUUUGUAUAUGCUUUUGUAGCAUUGAAUGCUUCAAUGAAAGGCUGGCCCCAUUGCAUACCUGUCGUAAUAGUUGAUGGGACUUUCUUAAAAUCAACAUAUGGAGGGACACUAUUGGUUGCAGCAACUCAAGAUGCUGAAGGUAAAAUCUUCCCCCUAGCAUUCUGUGUAGUUGAUUCAGAGAAUGAUGAUUCUUGGGAGUGGUUCUUUGACAAGUUUAGGAAAGCUUAUGGUGUAAGAGAAGACAUGAGCAUCGUUUCUGACCGACAUGAAAGUAUUAUAAAAGCAAUCAACACUAUGUACCCAGAAGUACCACAUGGGGCUUGCACCUUUCAUCUGCUCAAAAACAUGAAAAGCAAUUUCAAGAAGAGUUCAAAAAAGUUCAAGGAUACAUUUUUUGCAGCUGCGAAUGCAUACACUGUGAAAAAGUUUGAGUACAAUAUGAGAGAACUUGAUAAGAUUGAUAAAAGGCUGCGACCUUACCUACAACAAAUUGGGUAUCACAAAUGGGCAAGGAUUCACUCUCCAACCAAUAGAUACUCAAACAUGACAUCAAACACUGCAGAAUCUUUGAAUUAUGCAAUUGUAGCAGUAAGAGAGCUACCAAUUUGUACGAUGCUAGAGUGUUUACGAGCUUUGGUGCAACGAUGGAGUUGGACUAAUAGGAACAUAGCAAAUGCAACCUCCACAAAGUUGACAGACAAGCAUGAAGUGAUCCUGAAUGACAACUACAUUUACUCAUUGAAGUUAACGGAAUACAGGUUUCAAAUGGAUCAACUUCCUUGUGCCCAUGCAAUUGCUGUUUUUAAAGAAAUGAAUCAAGAUCCUUAUCAAUAUUGUUCGCCAUAUUACACCAAGGAAGCCAUGGUUGCAACUUACUGUUAG